AUAUUGCAUGCUAUUGUUUACGAUGAAUUAGUGUUUAUAUUGUAAUAUUGUGUUACUUUGUAAGAGAGAAGUACUUGGUUUUAUUAAUUUAUUCAUUACAAACAUAAAACAAUAAUACAAAUAUUUUUCUCUUUAUAAUAUUAGUAUUUAUGUGUUAUUCCAGGCUAUAUUCUACCCGUGGACCUAAGUAAAUAUAUUCAGUUAAGGGGCACAAGAAAUGCUGGCUUGAUGUCGUCAAGGAUGAUAUGCGUGCCAAUGGCCAGACAAAUAAGGAUGCCGACGACCGUGCGAAGGCGAAGAAGGGACGAAUAAGUAGAUGAGUGAGAGCAGCUCCCGGUUCACGCCGGCGGAGGGCGGGGCGCGGCUGGCCGCGGCCGCCAGUGAGCGCAACGUGCUGGCCGUGGAGUACCCCGCGUUCGUGUCUACGCGGCUGGUCUACGAACACGCUUAUAAGAUUCGCGGUUCACUAUUCGACGGCUGUCAGCGUUCUGUGCACAUCGCCCGCGCUUCCCGCGUCGCCUCUAUAGCAUACGACUACCGCACUCUGACCGACCUGGCCAUAGCUAAUGCCGUCGCGUACGAAGAUGUCUAUGAUUGGUGCGCUGAGUUGGACAAGAUGGAGGUCCUGGUAUGCACAUCGUCUGUACUGAAGCAGAUUUUAGAAGAAGGCGUUAUAGAGAUUAAAAAUCUGAACGUUCUUAUCAUAGAGAGCUGCCAUCUCGUUUACAAGGACGACAAUUUGAAAUACAUUUUAAAACUAUACAAGGAAUGCGAAGAGAACCAACGCCCUCGGAUUUUAGCAUUGACGUACCCGCUUUUCUUGGCCAAAAAGAAAGACGACAACCCUGAAACCAUAGACAAUACACAAUCUACAACUGUCAAAGACAAUGACAGCAACGAACAAGAUGAUACAGAUAACAAAUUGAAUGAGAGUUCCAAAAGUGACGAUAUUGAUGAUGAAACUAUAUCUUCAGAGGGCAAAGACAAAACGGACGACAUUACGGAUGUCGACGAAGAAAAUAUAUCCAUAGACAAUGAUGAGAAUAAGCCUAAAGUAUAUAAGCAAAAGACAAUUGAAGAUGAGAAGUUUGGGGUGUACGAGAAUUACGAUGACUUUGAUAUGUAUGAGAAGUUGCAGUGGAAGAUCGAAGAGUUGGAGAGAGAGAUUUGCUGUCAAAUGGAUUUGGCCGAAGAUAUUGAUGGCGGGAAAAGGUUAUCAGCAACACUAGCCAAACCGAAGGAACUGAUAAUAGAAUACGGAGCUCGUCCCAGUACUGAAGAGUUGCCCGUUGCUUAUGUAGAGCUGGAGAAGUUCAUGAAGGAAACGGUCGCUCAUGUUAUGGAGUUCCUCAAUGAUCAUCGGUUCGAUCUGCUGGAGAUGUACGGAGAAGACUUCAUCGAUGAGCUGAAGAAUGUCCCGGAUCCCACGGACGUGCCGAAGACAUUUCUCAAACAGUUCCUAUAUGUUUUGGAGCAACUUGGUCCCUACGCUGCCGAUAAACUAGCAUUCAGUUUACUUGUGAAACUUGAAAAGCUGCGUGUUCGUGAGAAAUACGACCGCCAUUUCCUACUGUUGUGUCUUCUGACGACCACUUUCAUAAAGAUCAGAUGUCACACCGAUUCAGUAUUAGAGAAAUAUUCCGAUUGGGACAAAAUCCAGUUGUUCAGCACUCCGAAACUGAUGAGAUUCGUCGAAAUACUCGAGAAAUUUCAUCCGAACGAGAUGAAAAAUGAAAAGGUAGCUGAUGCGAAGAAACUGUUGAACGAUAUAGAGAAUUGCGACUUUAUGUCGCUCAGUAAUAAGAUCGAGGAUCGCGUGAACACGUUCGAGGCUAACUUGAGGGACUUGGACGAUAAAACCGGCGAUAAAACUGUCAAAAAUCGUGACAACAACAUCGUGAGAGUCAACGAAGAUAUCGAAAAGGCCAGUGAAAACGGUGAAAGUGUCAACGCCGACAGUGGCAAAGUUAACGAAAACAGUGAGAAGAAUAAAAAUAGUGAAAACAGUGAAAAACCCACAGUGCACAGUGAAUACGUCAGCGGCCGCCGCGCGCGCCCGCGGCCGCCGCGCGCGGCGCCCGCGCCCGCCGACGCGCUGUGCGCGGUCGUGUUCGUGCGGCAGCCGCUCAUGGCCAAGACUCUGUUUCUACUCGUCGUGGACAUGUCCCGCUCCAAUCCGAAAUUGUCCUAUCUGUGCGCACAAUACUGUGCCGUGGAGGACACAGCCGACAACGACAAGCAACAAGGGAAGAGACACGAGACUGUACUUAAAAAAUUCAGAAUGCACGAAUGUAACCUGCUGUUGGCCACGUCAGAACUGGAGGAGGGCAUUGACCUCCCGCGCUGCAACCUCGUGUUAAGAUGGGAUAUACCUACUUCUUACCGUUCGUACGGCCUCAGCCGCACGCGCGCGCGCGCGGCGCGCGCAUGCUCGCUGCUGUGCUGCGGCGCGGAGCUCACGCACACGGUGCUGCACAACGUGGCCGUGUACAGGGAACUCGAUCAGAUAAUAAGCCGUAAAUGCGGCUGUGGCGUUCAAAACGAACCGCCUCCGUCCGAGGAAGAACACGCAGACACAUUCACCAACAUCGUCAAACCAUAUUCUCCACAAGACUGUGAUAAUAUUCCUAAAAUUAACCCUAACCUUAAUACAAAAGUUAUCUUAAACAAUGAUACUGAAGCUAAAGCCAAUGAAAAUCCAGAUUCGGAAGAUAAUGAUAUUAAAAAUUAUGAUAUUUUUAGAAAAGUAAAUGAUGAAGGUUCGUCUGCGAAAAAUAGUGGUAGUAAAAUAGAUGAUGCUCUUAAAAACACGAAUACUGAUGAACAAAAUGACAAUGAUUUGAACAAGAUUAAUGAUGAAGCUGGAUUGUUAAAUGUUAAUGACAAUAUUACAGUAAAUGAAGAAAUGAUCAAGAAAGAUUUUGUUAAAAUCAAUGUUUAUAAUUAUAGUAUUGAUGUUAAAGUCAAUUCUGAAAAUGAUAUGGAACCUGCAGAUAAAAAUAAUAUUGUAAAUAUCGAAAAUGAAGAUAUUAGCCAAUUUGGUAUUAAAGAAAGCAAUGUCACUGAUAAUACAGCUAAAAUUGAAGCUGAAGACGGCAAAAACGGAUCUCUUAGUGGCAAAUCAAAUGAAAUCAGCGAAGAAAAUACAUGUACAGAUGUAAAUAGAUCAAAUUUUGAUAAAAAUAUUGUUGCAAAUCAAACUACUGAUAAAAAUAAUGAAAAUCUCGUUUUAAAUAAAAUAAUACCUCAAUUAGAAAUAGUUGAAGAUUUAAACAAAGAUAAAUCAAACAUUGAUGGACGUAAUAGUGAUAUAAAUAAUUAUCAUAAAAAGUGUAACGUUGUGAAUAAUAGUGUAAGGACAAGUGGACAUUCUAAUGGAAAAAGUGUUAAUAGUGAUACAAAAUUAGUGAAUAGUGAUAUACCUAAUGUUGAUCUGAGUACUGCCAUAGCCCUUAUUAAUAGAUACUGUGCCAAACUACCCUCAGACACAUUUACCCGACUAGCGCCCCAAUGGUGGACAGAACAGGUUCAGCUACCAGACAAUAAUGGGACAACACACACUGCAUAUAUUUGUACCCUGAGACUGCCAUUAAAUUGUCCUGUGAAAUAUAACAUUGUUGGUCAUCCGAUGAAAACCAGAGUUCUAGCACGUCGUAUGGUCGCGUUACAGGCGUGCAGGAUCCUGCACAAGUCUGGGGAGCUGGACGAUCAGCUGAUGCCUAUAGGCAAAGAAAACUUCAAAGCGGCCGAAUACGAGUGUUCCAAUUUGAGCAGCGAAAGUGGCGACCCCAACGACGCGGCCAGACCGGGAACUACUAAACGGAGACAGUAUUAUUACAAGCGGACGGCAUGGGCUCUCACUGAUUGCCAGCCGAUAAUAGACACUACGGACGCGGAAAUAGAGGCCAAUCCAACCAAACCGCCGGAGAGUGAGGAAGACAUGGCUAAGAAGCAAGGUACAAAACGCAAUUUACUAUACGCCCUCGAAUCCAGACUGUCUUGUGCGUUACCAGAGCGUUACAACACGCGAGGAAGGAAACUGCACGCGCCACAGCACGCGAAACACGCCAUAGGAUUGCUGAUGGCGAGAGAACAUACGGACGACAUACAAAUCCCAGCGUUUCCGGUAUACACUCGUUCAGGAGAGCUGCUGGUGUCCGUCCGUCACGUCGCUCAGGCCGACACGAGGGUGUCCCCCGCUAGGUGUCGCCUCGUGCGCAGAUUUAUGCGUUUUGUAUUUGCCGAAGUGCUGCGCGUUCAUCGCCGCGGUAUGAAAUUACAGACAGACGGAUCCAAGCAUAACAAUUAUUAUGUCGUACCUACUGUGAAAACAACCGACGAAGACGGUACAACGAAGAUAGACAUCGACUGGGCGUUCCUAGAACUGAUAUACGAGCACACGGAAGCUAAGAAGCAUGCGGAGAUUGAGAAACCUAUCCUAUUUCCCGAGGGAGACAACAAUGAAGGAAAGAAGGAAGGAGUGAAGAAAAUGGACAACCCGUUACUGAAACCCGGCGAGACAUUCGUCUUCGACCCUGAGAAAUACAAGGAAGCUGUGGUCACGCCUUGGUACAGGAAUCAAGACCAGCCUCAGUUCUUCCUAGUAGCCGAGAUAUGCUGGAACCUGACCCCCGACUCAGCGUUCCCCUCAGCCUCCCACAGCAGCUUCCGGAAGUACUACAGUAAUAAAUAUGGCGUCACCCUGACGCAGAGUGACCAACCCCUCUUAGAUGUCGACCACACUAGCGCCAGACUCAAUCUGCUCACUCCUAGAUACGUGAAUCGCAAAGGCGUAGCUCUUCCAGUGUCCUCGGAACGUACACGUAGAGCUAAAAGGGAUCGUUUGGAUCAGAAACAGAUAUUGUUACCGGAGCUGUGCACCGUUCAUCCGUUCGCAGCGCCGUUGUGGUUCGCCACGGUGGCGUUACCCUGCGUGUUGUAUCGAAUAAAUGCUUUACUAAUAGCUGACGAGAUCCGUCGAGCCGUAGCGAUAGAUGUGGGUUUGGGAAUACCGAAGAUUGACGAGAAAACCUGCCCUGGUUUCUCGUGGCCGCCUUUGGACUUUGGAUGGAGUUUGGCCGAGGUACUAAACGCAGAUGAAAAGAGUGAGAAAAAGAAGGACGGUGGAGAUGAGAACAGAGAUGAAACAAAAGAAACUGAAGAAAGCAACAAUCAAGAGGAAACAGAAAAAGAAGAGACUGAAGCGGAGGAGCAGAAAGAGAAGACAAUAAAUGACAUAUUGCAGGAGAAAGAAAACGCUGAGAGUAGCUUCGAAAUCGGCACGUGGAGUAACGAAAUGGCGUACAAUAUUCCCGAGCAAUCUGAAUACGAUGAUCUUAUGGAACCACUUCCGUCUAAUGUCACGCUUGUCACUUCUGAAUCAGGGGGUGUGAACUGGACUGAGAAGCCAAGACAAUACAACCCUCCAAAAACUUUCUCUGUCGCGGACAGCGAUGAUUCUUAUAUGUCCAGUGAUUUCGAUACGGACACAGAUUCGGACGAGAGUUACGAUGGCGAUUCCGGUUUCGGUACCGGGAAAAUUAACAUGACGCCAUCUAGUUUCCGAAUUGAGUACAAAACAGCGCAUGAAGCGGAAGCAUUCGACGUUGAACGCAAGAAAGUUAAUCCAGCGCCGACAGACGAUCCAAUCGAUGACGAAUUGGAUAGAAAACAACAUCAAUUGUGUAUUAGAGAAGGGGUAGCGCCCAAAGAGCAUAUAGAUCAGUUCAGAACAUCGGUGGCCAAACACAAAAACGACAUAAUCCAAAGCGGAAACCUCAUAGACAAAAACCGUCCAAUUAACGAGUUAUUGCCUGAUCCCGCCGUAGACAAACACACAACGAACGCAAGCUAUGUUCGACCGGAAAGCGAACUCUUACGAGAAAUGUUCCCAUACAAAAAUGACAAAUUAGAAAUCACUGAGAAUGGUCAAAUUUGUUUGAAAAGCAUUGAGAAAAACAAACGCAUGUUACUGGCCGAAUUGAAAAAGUCUUUAUCUGUCGAGGAAAUUAAAAAAAUGAAGUGCUUCUCUAUGAUUGAUGUGGAUAUUGAUUCGAAAGAUUACGUCAACGAAAAAUUGCUGAAUGUAGGCUUUGAUACUAAAGAAAUGUAUGAGAAGAAGAUCAGUCAAUGGGACUGUGUGAACGAGUUUAAGCCUUAUUAUCAAGAAGGGAAGGUUCAGAGUGGAAAGGACUUCGAUUUCGAUUAUCAGCCUAAAUUGGAAGGACAUCCUGGUCCAAGUCCUAGUCUUAUUUUGCAGGCGCUAACAAUGUCGAAUGCCAACGACGGUAUAAAUCUGGAAAGACUUGAGACUAUAGGCGAUAGUUUCCUGAAAUUCGCCAUCACAGCAUAUUUAUAUUGCGCACACCCAACAGUGCACGAGGGGAAACUCAGCCAUAUGAGAAGCAAACAGGUGUCGAAUCUGAACCUCUAUCGUUUGGGACGCAACAAGCGCUUGGGCGCGCGUAUGAUCGCGUCCAAGUUCGAGCCGCAUGACAAUUGGCUGCCGCCGUGCCACAAACCACCGCCCACGCUACACCCCAAGGCUAAUGAGGACGCAGAACGAACUCCAGUAACUGAAGUGCCCCAGGACUCGAGCGGGUGUUUCAUUCCAUAUAACCUCAUCACACAACACAGCAUUCCAGACAAAUCAAUAGCGGAUUGCGUGGAGGCGCUGAUCGGCGCGUACCUGCUGGAGUGCGGGCCGCGCGGCGCGCUCGUGUUCAUGUCGUGGCUCGGCAUCCGCGUGCUGCCCGCGCACGCGCUGCCGCUGCCGCGCGCGCACGCCUAUCUGCGGCGACACCACGCGCAACAGAAGCCAACACCAAAAAAGUCCCCUUCCCCCAGCCCCUCCCCGCAAGACUCGUCAGACUCGGACUCCAACAGCGAACAGACAGACAUACAGCAGGACAGCUUGCCCGAAAACUGGUCGUGGCCCGGACGACCUGUUGGCUCCUUGAGGCCGCAUCAGGAUGCAAACGGACGAUGGAUGCAGCAAAUAUUCGGUGAACUCAAGGCGCCUCCGUCACCAUUGCUGAGGUAUAUAGAGGACCCCGAGGGAGAACUGGAACAGAUGUUAUCUGGAUACGAUGCCCUAGAGAGGACAUUACAAUACCGCUUCAGGGAUCGCUCUUUGCUGCUACAAGCAUUGACCCACGCGUCGCAUCACAACAAUCGAUUGACUGAUUGUUACCAAAGAUUGGAGUUCCUGGGUGACGCUAUACUAGAUUACCUCAUCACCCGCCACUUGUACGAAGAACCCAGGCGACACUCGCCCGGGGCACUCACAGAUUUGCGCUCAGCUUUAGUCAAUAACACUAUUUUCGCUACACUAGCCGCCAGACAUGGAUUCCAUAAGUACUUCCGUCACAUGUCGCCCGGACUGAACGAAGUGUUGACGAAAUACGUUAAGAUACAAGAGGAGAACGGACACUCUAUUAGUGAAGAGCAUUAUCUGAUACAAGAAGACGAAAUGGAGCAAGCUGAGGAUGUUGAAGUCCCGAAAGCUUUGGGUGAUCUGUUCGAGUCGGUCGCCGGCGCCAUAUUCCUCGAUUCGGGAAUGUCUCUCGGAGCCGUGUGGAAAUCAUACGUGAAUCUGAUGGGCGCGGAGUUAGAGGCAUUCAGCGCGGCCGCGCCCAAGUCUCCCGUUAGGGAACUGCUGGAGGCCGAACCUGAUACUGCUAAAUUUGGCAAACCGGAGCGUCUGGCCGACGGGCGUCGCGUCCGCGUGUCCGUGGAAGUGUUCGGCCGCGGAACAUUCAAGGGUGUCGGCCGCAACUACCGCAUCGCUAAGGGCACAGCGGCCAGGUGUGCGCUCAGACACCUCCGGCUUAUGCAUAAGGCACGAUAAUAAUAUACGUUUAUAUGUGAAGAUCGCGGUCGGUGGUUCGCAGAGCGUUGCGGCCGCCGCGCACGCGCUGUCAUCACAAUCCGUCAAUUUUCUUGAGGAAGAAAUCAUUUUCAAAAUCAAUCAUUCAUAAAAUUGUAAAUUUCCACAGUACAAAGUAAUUAAUGUAAAGUCGUAUAGUAAUAAUGAUUCUUGUCUUUGUUGAAAUUUGAAAAAUUGUAAUGACAGCGCGUGCGCAGCGGUCGAAACGGUCCGAGUACCACUCGGUCGUGGAGAUAUAGAUACCACGUUUGUAAAUAGCGGCAAACCCGGCUUCGCACGGAUGGAAUUUAUGUAUGUCCGUCUAACUAUAAAUAUUAUAUUUAUAAUGCGAAAGUUUGUUACCUCUUCACGCCUUAUCUACUCAAUCAAUCUUAUUGAAGUUUUGCACACAUGUAGUUUGAAGUGUGGAGAAGGACAUAGGGUACCUUUCAUCCCGGAAUAACUGAUCGCGCGGGAAAUCAACGAGCGAAGCCGCGGUCGAAAGCUAGGUACAUUCAUAUAUGUAGAGAUCAUGGUCAUGGAGAUACAACGUUUCACUAGCGCCACGCCUCUGCUUCGCACGUGUGGAAUAUUGUGCAUGUUAUGUACAUUUAAACCUUGCUCGUUAAUCACAUCUAGUUUUGGUUAAUGCUGUGAAUAUUUAAACCAACGAUUGCUGCAUAUGGGACGAUGGUAAAUAAAUAUAUAUGGAGAUAGAUUAAAUAGUUAUUUGUAGAGACAGCUAGUCGUGGGCGUUAUCUCAACUAACCGUUUUAUUCAACUGUUUUCUAUGCUCAACGGUCCAACUGGUUUAGUCACAACUGCAAAAGUAGUUGGAAUGAUGCCCAACUGGUUUGCUUCCAACGAAGUCGCGCGCGGCGCGAGCGAACUGGAGUGUGAAUGAAAAAAUACUGUAAUCUUAAAACUCUCAACUGUUUUGUCUACGUGCAAUGCGUUGAACCAAAAACAAAGCCACUUUGUUAUAUCAAACCAGUGUUGCCAACUGGUUUAGUAACUAGUUGCUCGUUGAACAAAAACAGUUGAGUUUCGUUGGCUCGAAAAACGUCAACGACCCGCCACUAAAAGACAACCCCCACAAUAAUUCACACAACAUUCUCAUGAAAAAUAUAACUUGAGUAAAUUAUCAAUAUAAGAUAUAGACGUAUGUAGAAUAUAAUAUACGAUAACUUUAUUUAUAUAAAUAUAUUAGGACAAAUUACACAGAUUGAGCUAGCCCCAAAGUAAGUUCUAGACUUGUUUUAUGGGAUACUAACUCAACGAUACUAUAUUUUAUAACAAAUACACAUAUAGAUAAACAUCCAAGACCCGGGCCAAUCAGAAAAAGAUCAUUUUCCAUCAUGACCCGACCGGGGAUCGAACCCGGGACCUCUCAGUUCAGAGGCAAGCACUGCGCCAUCGAGGUCGUCGAAUCAAAUUUGAGAAAUUACUAAACAAUAGAAAAAAAUACCCGCAACAAAAUCCGUUUCGUAGUUUUCAAGAUCUAUAUAUGCAUAGGGACAGACAGCGGGAAGCGACUUUGUUUCAUACUACAGUGAUUGAAAGUAAGAGACGAAAUUCUUUAGUUUAUAGUGUGCUUUGUUUAUAAAUAACAGGACAGGUUAAGAAAACAAUUGAAAACUUGAUUUUAAUAUCAGUCUAAUGUUUAUAAUCAUUAAUACAAGGGAUAUUUAGAUAAAAUAAUCAUGUAUUUAAAAUAUAAAAUAGUCUAAUUAAGUAUAAAACUGUAUUUAUAAUGAACGAUUUGUAUAACCCACACUUAUACAGGGUCGCUGGUAUCUAACGCAUAACCUUCCAAAUGCGCAUAAGGUACAUAGAGGAUCUUUUGUUCUACAACUUUUGCCUGAACGUAAUAAAUACUAAAAUUUUCCUUUUUUUAGUUUUAAUGUCGUAUCUAUAAAACGUUAACUCUGUGUUCGAUUACGCUACUAAAGUUCUGUACUGUCUCGUGUUGCUCGGCUAUUAAUAGAGUUAACAUGUAUUGAAUCGUUAAUUAGAUUGUAUAUUUUUUAUAUGAACAAUAAAAACUACGAAUCACGAAAAGUCGUAGAAUAAAAGUUGCUUGUUUUUAUGUAACCAAGUAGUCUUUAGGAGGUUUUGCGUUUGAUACCAGUAACCCUGUAUAAUGUAUCGUCACAUUGUAAGUGAUCCAAAAAGUAUUUUAUAAAAUAAAAUAACUAGAUUGUAGUAGGUGCGGCGAGUUUGCAAUGGAUUUGGGUUGAUAUGCUGUUUACUGUACGCAGAGUAGCUUUCUGUAAUAUCAAGGACGAUGUGCGUGCCAAUGGUCCGACAACUAGGGAUGCCGACGACCGUGCGAAGUGGAGACGAAACUGUAGGAAACUGGGCACUGGCCUCCGACGCUCAAGUCUCGGCUGAGGGAGAAAGCGGAUGAGCGAGUUUUCUGAUUUGUAUCAUCUUUAAACACAAUGUAUCGAAAUAUGAUGUAAUAAAUCGAGUUUUUACUGUA